GAGGAGGGGCAGUUGGCCAACAUGGAUGACGACAAGCUGGUUUCGGACGAGGUGCACAUGCGGCAGUUGAGUGCGACGCCCUCGUCGGCAUUUUCGCUGCAGCAGCGUCGACAGAGCAACAGUGUGACCCAUUCCGCUCCACCCGAGCUCACGCAGCGCGUGGGGGCGGGUGACACAAAAGAGGAGGCGCCAUCGGUGGGUGGUAGUGUAGCAGCGGGUGCUGGCAUUCCUCUGGAAGAGGAGAGGGACUCCGAUGACAGGGUGAUACUUCGACGGGCUGUGGAUAAGGGGGCCAUUGCCUUGGCUCAAAUCGACGACCUAAAACUGGAGGGGGAUGAUGAUGACGAUGAGGCGGAGAAUGAGGAUGAGGUGGAUGGUCUGGGUCUAAGUAAUCCCGCAGCGCAAACCACAGAUGAUGAGCAGAUUACGGUCAAAGGAACAGGAGCCGGAAUAGGAACAGCAGUGGCCACAUCCUCAACAGCAACAGCUGGGGCAUCCUUCGAGCAGGAUGCAACCACUACCACCAAUGCCACAACGAUAGCCACUCCGGACAUGUCGAAAAUUCCCCGACUUCCCGGAGACGGUGCCCAAAUGGAGGACACUGGCGACCUGCCGCCAUCGCUGCGUGCCUCCACCACAUCAAUUUUGUCCAAUUUGCGCAAGAAACAGCAGGGCGGCGCACUGCGCGGGGGUGUGGCCAAGCAGACGCCUCUGCGGGUGCAGUCCGUUCGGAUUGUGGAGGCCAAGCGCGCCUAUGGGCCCAAACGACGGACGGAGAGCUGCAGCAUCUUUGGCAACAGCAAUUUCGAACACGAUUUGGAAUCGGGAAACUCCUUGGCCAGCAUUGCAGGCCAACCACAGCGACCGCUUAACAAUGAGAUGUACUCUGCCUUCAAGAGUGGCAAUGUGGUCAAGGGAAUCCUUUGUCCUUCUUUGACCAACUCUUUUAAACAGAGUUCCCUGGAACGAUCCUAUCUGACAUACACACAUCGCCAGCGGCAGAAGUCUCUGAUCAUCGUGAAUGUGGUGGAUUUUGUGCUGAAGAUUGUUUUGGCUUUCGUCUGGAUAAUGCGACGAAGUGAACUUGGGCCAUUUGAAAGUGAUGGGGGAACGAGCAUGGCUACGGCCAUCACUUGGUCGGUUUGCUGUGGAAUUGCCAACAUGGCCAUAUGCUUUUUGGGCUACUGGCGUUGCUUUGCCAACAACUAUUUGCACUGGGCCGCGGUCUGCACAUGGGUGCUCUUCAAUAUCCAGGGAUUCGUUGGCCAGGGCGUUGGAUUCGCGGAUCGCGAGUACCUGGUAUGGUAUAUUCUGUUCGUCAUCUUUGUGCCGUAUGCGAUGUUGCCAUUGCCCCUAAAAUGGUGCGUUGUGGGCGGUACCAUCACGGCCAGCUGUCACCUGGCCGUAAUUACCAUCAUCAAACUGCAGCACGGCGAGGCCACCAUCAAUGCGGAGUGUGUUCUUUUCCAAAUCUUCGCUAACUUCAUUCUAUAUACGGCCAUCAACGUGGCUGGUAUGUACACAAAGUAUCUCACGGAUCGUGGACAACGGCUGGCAUUCAUCGAAACCCAUAAGGCUAUGGAGCAUAAGAAGGAGUCGGAGAAGGAGCUGCAGCGGACACAGAAACUUUUGGAUUCAAUUCUGCCCAACAUCGUGAACAAUCAAAUUCGCAGCGAAAUGUACAAGGGCACGGAUCCCACGGUGGAAACGCAGUUCAACAAAUUGUACGUUUAUCCCAUGGACAAUGUGAGCAUUUUAUUCGCCGACAUUAAGGGUUUCACCGAGUUGGCCAGCAAAACUUCGGCCCAGCAGCUGGUGAAAAUCUUAAACGACCUGUUCGCCCGAUUUGAUCGCAUUGCAGAGGACAACCACUGUCUGCGUGUGAAACUGCUGGGCGAUUGUUACUAUUGUGUGUCGCAGUUCGAGAGCGACAACUGGAAGACGCGACCGGAUCACGCGGUGUGCAGUGUGGAAACUGGCCUGCACAUGAUAAAGGCCAUUAAGGAUGUGCGCCUGCACACGCACGUGGACCUCAAUAUGCGAAUCGGCAUACACAGCGGCUCGGUGAUGUGCGGCGUUUUGGGCAACAAGAAAUGGCAUUUUGAUGUUUGGUCUAAUGAUGUUAUCAUUGCAAAUCACAUGGAAUCUGGCGGUAUUCCCGGAAGAGUCCACAUUUCGGAAGCAACGUUGAAGUGCCUGAACGAUGCCUACGAGGUGGAACCGGGAAAUGGCGGCAGUCGAGACAAUCACCUCAAAAUGCUGAACGUUAAGACUUUCCUCAUCAAGCGCACCGAGCCAUUGAGACCCAAAAGGCGUUUUGGCACGCGCAGCAGCGCCCAUUUGGCAGGAAGUGUGGCCACCGCCCCCUCCGCCACACCCACCGCACUGCCCAAAUCAAUCUCGGCCAGCGGCAGCGGAAGCAUCGGUGGGGUAACCACAACGGGUGGCGAUGGCGCCAGCAUCGAUGGACGAAGUUUGGAGUACGCGGCCACCAUUGCCGUCCCUGCCCAGCAGCCCGCGCAACUUCUUCAGCAACAGCAGAAGAAGAAUAUAUCUUUGAACUCGCUGCCUAAUGUGGUAGAGGGUGUGGCUAUGGACAAUCGAAGGAUGAGGAAUGGAUGUGGUGGGAUGGCAGGAGCAGCUGGUGCUGGAGGAGCCGGAACAGGCCCAUCUGGAAUGUCAACGGUUUCCUCGCCGACGGCCAUGAUGUCGGCACCGCUGGAGGUUCAGCUGAGGCCCAGGAACGGAGCCACCAGCAUUCAGAAUCUAACGGAAGCUAUGGACGGCAAAGGCUUGAUUAUCGAGGAUGAAUCUACCACAGACUGGAUACCGGAAAUUCCAUUCAAGAACCUUAACAGUCCCGAAGAAGGACUCAAUCGUGCAGAUUCCAUACUAGUUGAUACCAAAGAGGAUCAUAGAGUAUCCGUAGCAGUUCUGGAUGAGGAGAUCGACGAAUUCAUCGAGCAGAACAUUCAAAUCAAUUCGAAUAAGGAAAUCCGACGCGAGUACCUAAAUCCCUGGACCCUGAAGUUCAAAGACAAGAGCCAGGAGCAGAAGUUCUGCCAGUUGCGAGAGGAUAUGUUCCGAUCCAAUAUGCUGUGUGUGUUUGUCAUCUGGAUAUUUAUGGUUCUGUGCCAGGUCAUCAUCAUUCCACGAUGCACGCGUCUCAUUAUUUGUCUCUCGGCGGGCACAGUAAUUCUUACUUUCUGUUGCGUUCUGGUAAUGGCUGAGGAGUUCCCAGGACUCCCCCGUUUCCUGAAGACGAACUCUGCUAAAUUGGUACAUCAACGUCAGCGUCGCACUCUGUUUAUUUGCGGUGUCAUUGUGUCCAUGUGCAUGCUGAGUGCCAUUGGACUGGUCCUGUGCCCAUCGUCCACCUACAUUGGCACCGUUGACGAGCACUCUCGCAACCUGCGCUUGACUUCGGCUUAUAGUAACACCUCCAUGGCGGAAAAGGAAUACAAGCUGAGUGUGUAUCUGCAGGCCACCAUCCAUCAUAAUAUCACAAUUAGCACUCCGGCUAGUGGAAGCGGAGGUGCUUCCUCCUUGGUGGACAUUACGAGUGGGCCAUCCGAUGAGUUGCUAAGAAGCACUCUGGCCAAUGCCCUCAGUUUGAACUUGACACCACCAUUUGAGCAAUCCCAUCGACCAUAUACACUAACCAACAACGGGCAUAGUGUAUCCUUGAGUAAUCUUAGCUAUGUAGAUCCCUCGGGAAUGCGAAGUUCAGUGGAACUCGAGGUGGAAUGUGCUCAUCCGGAGUACUUGGUGUUUACCUGGGUGCUCUGCCUUGUCUCCUUGGCCACUGCCCUGAAGCUUUAUUACCUGGUUAAAGCUUUAAUGGCCUUGGGCAUGGUUGGAUUCUAUACAACGCUGAUCAUGUUUAAGUUCGGCUCCGGGGACAGCUUCAGUUUGGUGGAGCUCUCUAGGCUGGGCAUGCCUCUUGGUGUCCAAAUGUUGAUACUGCUAAUCUCGUUCCUGGUAAUGGUCUGCUAUCAUGCUAGAUUGGUGGAGGUAACCUCCCGUUUGGACUUCAUAUGGAAAGAACAAGCCGAGCGUGAACUGACCAACAUGAAAUCCAAUCGUGCGCUUAAUGACACAUUAAUUAAGAAUAUCUUGCCAGACCAUGUGGCUACCUAUUACCUAUCCGACGAGCAUACGGACGAGCUCUAUUCCAAGAUGCAUAAUCAGUGCGGCGUUAUGUUUGCCUCCAUUCCGAAUUUCCAGGAUUUCUAUUCGGAGGAUAUCGACAAUGGCAAGGCCUGUAUUCGCAUCCUAAACGAGAUUAUCUGUGACUUUGAUGAAUUGCUGGAGGAGCCGCGUUUCGCGUCGGUGGAGAAAAUCAAAACCGUGGGUGCCACCUACAUGGCAGCGGCGGGACUGAAUCACGAGCAUUUAAGACUUCGCGGCGAGACCUCUGAGGAUAGUGUCUGUGACCUGGUGGAGUUUGCCUUUGCAAUGAAGCAAAAGCUGGAAGAGAUCAACGGAGAUGCUUUCAACAAUUUCCAGUUGCGGGUUGGCAUCUGCAGUGGUCCUUUGGUUAGUGGAGUUAUUGGAGCUAGGAAACCCGUCUAUGAUAUAUGGGGCAAUACGGUUAAUGUGGCAUCGCGUAUGGACUCCACGGGCGAGAACUGGCGGGUUCAAGUUCCAGAGAAUACGGCGGAGCUGCUCUGUUCUCGUGGUUAUACGUGUGUGAAACGUGGAGAGAUCGCUGUCAAGGGCAAGGGCAUGAUGACCACUUUCUAUGUACAUCCCAAGGGCAUUUCGGAGAGCCAAUUGAUUUCGCCGGUUCGCAUGCCAGCCGGAAUUCCAUUGGCCCAGACCCCGAACCUCCAGCGGCAGACCUCACAUCAUGGAUCCUUCAGUGCCGUGGUCUUUGGAAUGCUGCAGGCCAGCAAACGCAGCACUGCUAUUGCCGGAACACCUACGGGCACUCCUUCGCCGCAAAUCCGUCGUGGACAUCGGGGAAGCACCUUCAGCUCUGUUCGGUUAUCCCAGAAGUCCACCACAGUUAAUCCAGUGCGACGGAAUACAACCCGGGUGCGGGGACGUUCCUAUCGACAGAAAAAGAGUUCCUCCAACAAUUCGAUCGUCACCCAGGCCAGCUCCAGCUAUAUGCCAUCGUUUCGACGUAUUGAUCAGAUCGAAACGACGAUAUCGAAGAGCCACAACGAUGCGUUAUAGCCGACUACGCGUACUAACUGGGUCUAAAGUCGAUCUCAAAUGGAUAAAGUGUCUGAUGAAUUUAUUUUUGGAACGAUUUUUUUCAACACGA